AUGUCUGGAUAUCCAGCAGAGCAGCACUACGAUGAUGGCUACGGCCAUCAAGAGCAUGGCGAUUCCUACUAUCAGGACGAAAACGGCGGCCAGGCUUAUUACGAUCCUAACGAUUACGGUGGCGAUAGUUAUUAUGACCGAGGUAACAGCGGAUAUUACAAUGCCGAAGGUGGUCAAGAGGGUGGAUACUACGAUGCUGCCCACCAGGAUGAGUACUAUGGUGACCAGUACUAUGACCAAGGGAAUGGUGGGAACCAGGGAAGACGGCGCGGCGAUUCAGAGGAGGAUUCGGAGACCUUCAGUGAUUUCACCAUGAGGUCGGAAACUGCGCGCGCUGCUGAUAUGGAUUACUACGGUCGCGGGGACGAACGUUACAACAGCUACGCCGACAGUCAGUACGCUGGUCGAGGAUACGGUGGCGGCUACCGGCCACCGUCCUCUCAGGUCUCGUACGGCGCCAACCGAUCAUCCGGAGCUUCCACUCCGGUAUACGGCAUGGACUACGGCAACGCCCCCGGCGCCCAGCGUUCGCGGGAGCCGUACCCGGCAUGGGCGUCCGACGGUCAAGUCCCCGUCUCCAAGGAAGAAGUUGAGGAUAUCUUCAUCGACCUGGUCAACAAGUUCGGUUUCCAGCGGGACAGCAUGCGCAACAUGUACGACCAUCUAAUGACACAGUUGGACUCGCGAGCCUCGAGAAUGACUCCGAACCAAGCACUUCUGUCCCUCCACGCUGACUACAUCGGUGGUGACAACGCCAACUACCGCCGUUGGUAUUUCGCGGCCCAUCUCGACUUGGACGAUGCGGUAGGUUUCGCCAACAUGAAGCUCGGUAAAGCCGACCGGAAGACGAGAAAGGCCCGCAAGGCUGCCGCCGCAGCCAAGGCCGCCGCUCAGCAGAACCCCGAGAACGUCGAGGAGAACCUUGAGGCCUUGGAAGGUGACAACAGCCUGGAAGCCGCCGUGUACAGAUGGAAGACCCGCAUGAACCGCAUGUCUCAGCACGACAGAAUCCGCCAAUUAGCUCUGUACAUGCUGGUCUGGGGUGAGGCCAACCAAGUUCGUUACAUGCCCGAGAUCAUCUGUUUCAUCUUCAAGUGUGCGGACGACUUCUACACUUCCCCCGAAUGCCAGAACCGCGUGGAGCCGGUGGAGGAAUUCACCUACCUGAACGAAAUCAUUACCCCCCUCUACCAGUUCUGCCGCGACCAGGGUUACGAAAUACUAGAUGGCAAGUAUGUUCGCCGAGAGCGCGAUCACGACAAGAUCAUUGGUUAUGAUGACAUGAACCAACUCUUCUGGUACCCCGAGGGUAUCGAACGCAUUGCCCUCGAGGAUAAGACACGUCUCGUGGAUAUCCCCCCCGCCGAGAGAUGGACCAAGUUGAAGGAUAUCAACUGGAAGAAGGCCUUCUUCAAGACAUACAGAGAGACUCGGUCCUGGUUUCACAUGGUCACGAACUUCAACCGUAUCUGGGUUAUCCAUCUUGGUGCUUUCUGGUUCUUCACUGCUUACAACGCCCCCACACUGUACGUCCACGACUACCAGCAGCAGCUGGACAACAAGCCCGCUGGUUCAAAACAGUGGUCCGCUGUUGGUUUCGGUGGUGCUCUUGUCGGUUUUAUCCAAAUUGCUGCUACGCUGUGUGAAUGGAUGUAUGUGCCUCGCCGCUGGGCUGGUGCUCAGCAUCUGACCAAGCGUUUGUUGUUCCUCAUCCUUGUCUUCGUGAUCAACCUAGCCCCUGGUGUCGUCGUCUUCGGCUUCUCAAGCUCCCUGACUGAGACGAUCCUCCUGAUCAUUGGUAUCGUUCACUUCUUCAUUGCCCUGGCUACGUUCUUCUUCUUCUCUGUCAUGCCUCUUGGAGGUUUGUUCGGUAGUUAUUUGAAGAAGCACGGCCGCCAGUACGUUGCCAGUCAGACGUUUACCGCCAGCUACCCGAAGCUUCAAGGAAACGAUAUGUGGAUGUCUUACGGUCUCUGGAUUUGUGUCUUCGGUGCCAAGCUGGUCGAGUCUUACUUCUUCCUGACCCUGUCCCUGAAGGAUCCUAUGCGUAUCCUUUCGCCGAUGCAGAUUCACCAGUGUGCCGGUGUCACGUACAUCCCGAACAGCCUUUGCCACGCUCAGCCUCGGAUUCUCCUCGGUCUCAUGAUGUUCAUGGACUUGACGCUGUUCUUCUUGGAUAGUUACCUGUGGUACGUUAUUUGCAACACCAUCUUCUCGGUGGCCCGGUCCUUCUACCUCGGUGUGUCUAUCUGGUCUCCCUGGAGAAACAUCUUCUCUCGUCUGCCCAAGCGUAUCUACUCCAAGGUUCUUGCGACUACCGACAUGGAGAUCAAGUACAAGCCCAAGGUCCUCAUCUCCCAGGUGUGGAAUGCUAUCAUCAUCUCCAUGUACCGUGAGCAUCUGCUGGCCAUCGACCACGUUCAGAAGCUGCUGUACCACCAGGUUCCUUCGGAGCAGGAGGGCAAGCGUACUCUGCGUGCUCCUACUUUCUUCGUCUCUCAGGAGGAUCAGUCCUUCAAGACCGAGUUCUUCCCCGCCGGCAGUGAGGCUGAACGUCGUAUUUCCUUCUUCGCUCAGUCCGUCUCCACGCCCAUGCCCGAGCCCCUUCCGGUUGACAACAUGCCCACCUUCACCGUUCUCAUCCCCCACUACAGUGAGAAGAUCCUUCUCUCGCUGCGUGAAAUUAUCCGUGAAGACGAGCCUUACUCUCGUGUCACUCUCCUGGAAUACCUGAAGCAGCUCCACCCCCACGAGUGGGACUGUUUCGUCAAGGACACCAAGAUUCUGGCUGAUGAGACUUCUCAAUUCAACGGCGAAGGCGAGAAGAACGAAAAGGACGCCCAGAAGAGCAAGAUUGAUGAUCUUCCCUUCUACUGCAUCGGUUUCAAGUCUGCUGCUCCGGAAUAUACUCUUCGUACCCGUAUCUGGUCCUCGUUGCGCUCCCAGACCCUUUACAGAACUAUCUCCGGUUUCAUGAACUACAGCAGAGCCAUCAAGCUCCUGUACCGCGUUGAGAACCCUGAAGUCGUCCAGAUGUUCGGUGGCAACUCCGAGAAGCUCGAGCGCGAACUCGAGAGAAUGGCCCGCCGCAAGUUCAAGAUCUGCGUUUCCAUGCAGCGUUAUGCCAAGUUCAACAAGGAAGAGCGUGAAAACACCGAGUUCCUCCUCCGCGCCUACCCCGACCUUCAGAUCGCUUACCUUGAUGAGGAGCCCCCGACCGAAGAGGGUGAGGAGCCUCGCCUGUACUCCGCCUUGAUUGACGGCCACUGUGAACUUCUCGAGAACUCCAUGCGCAAGCCCAAGUUCAGGAUUCAGCUCUCCGGUAACCCCAUUCUCGGUGACGGAAAGUCCGACAACCAGAACCACUCGAUCAUCUUCUACCGCGGUGAAUACAUCCAGGUCAUUGACGCUAACCAGGACAACUACCUGGAAGAGUGCCUGAAGAUUCGUAGCGUUCUCGCUGAGUUUGAGGAACUGUCCAACGAUAACGUCUCGCCCUACACCCCUGGUGUUGCUUCUACUGCCGAAACCCCCGUCGCCAUUCUUGGUGCCCGUGAAUACAUUUUCUCCGAGAGUGUUGGUGUUCUUGGUGACGUUGCUGCCAGUAAGGAACAGACAUUCGGUACUCUGUUUGCUCGAACGCUCGCUCAGAUCGGUGGUAAACUGCACUAUGGUCACCCUGAUUUCCUGAACGGUAUUUUCAUGACUACGCGAGGUGGUAUCUCCAAGGCUCAGAAGGGUCUUCACCUGAACGAGGAUAUUUACGCCGGUAUGACUACCCUGUGUCGUGGUGGACGCAUCAAGCACUGCGAGUACUUCCAGUGUGGUAAGGGUCGUGAUUUGGGUUUUGGCUCCAUUCUGAACUUCACAACCAAGAUUGGUACUGGUAUGGGUGAGCAAAUGCUGUCCAGAGAAUACUACUAUCUCGGAACACAGCUGCCUCUUGACCGCUUCCUGUCUUUCUACUACGCCCAUCCUGGUUUCCAUCUUAACAACAUGUUCAUUAUGCUGUCCGUGCAGAUGUUCAUGAUUGUCCUGAUCAACCUGGGUGCCUUGAAGCAUGAGACCAUCACCUGCCGCUACAACUCGAACUUGCCCAUCACCGACCCUCUCCGCCCCACGUACUGUGCCGACUUGACGCCGAUCAUCAACUGGGUCAACCGCUGUGUCAUCUCCAUCUUCAUCGUGUUCUUCAUCUCCUUCGUUCCCCUGGCUGUCCAGGAAUUGACCGAGAGAGGACUGUGGCGCAUGGCGACCCGUCUGGCGAAGCACUUUGGUUCUUUCUCCUUCAUGUUCGAGGUGUUCGUCUGUCAGAUCUAUGCCAACGCCGUCCACCAGAACUUGUCCUUCGGAGGUGCUCGUUAUAUCGGUACUGGACGUGGUUUCGCCACUGCUCGUAUUCCCUUCGGUGUCCUGUACUCCCGUUUUGCCGGUCCUUCCAUCUACGCCGGUGCUCGCUCUCUGCUGAUGCUUCUGUUCGCGACUUCCACCGUCUGGACGGCCGCUCUGAUCUGGUUCUGGGUUUCCCUGCUCGCCCUGUGCAUCUCUCCGUUCCUCUUCAACCCUCACCAGUUCGCGUGGCACGACUUCUUCAUCGACUACCGCGAUUAUAUCAGAUGGCUCUCCCGUGGUAAUUCCCGGUCCCACGCGUCUUCCUGGAUUGCCUUCUGCCGCUUGUCUCGUACUCGUCUCACUGGUUAUAAGCGCAAGCUUCUCGGUGUUCCGUCGGAGAAGGGGUCUGGUGAUGUUCCCAGAGCCAGAUUCACCAACAUCUUCGUCAGUGAGAUCGUCGUGCCUUUGGUUCAAGUCGCAGUUACCCUCGUCCCCUACCUCUACAUCAACUCGAGAACCGGUAUUUCGAACGAAAGUGCCAGAGCCUCCAACGCCGUUAUCCGUAUCGCCGUUGUUGCUUUCGGACCUGUUGCCAUCAACGCCGGUGUUUCUGGUAUGUUCUUUGCCAUGGCGUGCUGUAUGGGACCUAUCUUUGGCAUGUGCUGCAAGAAGUUCGGUGCUGUUCUCGCUGCUAUCGCCCACGCUAUUGCCGUCAUCAUCCUGCUUGUCAUCUUCGAAGUCAUGUUCUUCUUGGAGAGCUGGUCCUGGCCUCGUAUGCUUCUGGGAAUGAUUGCCGCCGCCGCUAUCCAGCGCUUCUUCUACAAGCUCAUCAUCUCCCUCGCAUUGACCAGAGAAUUCAAGCAUGACCAGUCCAACAUCGCCUGGUGGACCGGAAAAUGGUACAACAUGGGCUGGCACUCGAUGUCCCAGCCUGGUCGUGAAUUCCUUUGCAAGAUCACGGAGUUGGGUUACUUCUCCGCUGAUUUCGUCCUGGGUCACAUCCUCCUGUUUGUCAUGCUGCCCGCUCUCUGCAUGCCUUACGUUGACAAGUUCCACUCGGUCAUUCUUUUCUGGCUCCGGCCGAGUCGUCAAAUCCGUCCUCCGAUCUACUCUCUGAAGCAGUCGAAGCUCCGCAAGAGAAGAGUUGUUCGUUUUGCCAUUUUGUAUUUCAGCAUGCUGGUUCUGUUCCUGAUCCUCCUGAUCGCCCCUCUGGUUGCCCGUGACAUGGGCAUCAGUGUGUCGAUGAACAUCCCGAUGCAGCUUCUGCAGCCCCUCGACUCGGACAACAACGACACCAUCUCCAGUUACACUGGUAACGGUCUCCCAGUCGGUUACUCCGCCUGGACACCGUCCGCGUCCGCCUAG